AUGUCGGCACAUAACACUCGAAAAUUCUCACUUGUCUGGUUGGACAGUUCGGUAAACGUUUCGGAAGAAAAUCUUGAUACUCAGGUUCUGUUUCGGAAAGUUAACGAUCAAUUACAAACUUUCGACAAAGUUGACCAAUGUUUGGAAUACAUUCGAACGAAUUCAAAAGAAAAAGUUGUGUUAGUUGUCAGUGGUCGGUUAGGACAAGAAAUCUUACCACGUAUUCAGCAAUUUACCAAUCUCAUUGCAGUCUAUGUCUACUGUUCGGAUAAGAAACGAAAUGAAGAAUGGGCAAACAAGUAUUUACUAAUUAAAGAUGUCAUCGUUGAUCUCAAGAUCUUACUGGCAAAAAUACGAGCGGAUCAAGUUCAGCGAGAUGAAUACCAAGUCGAUGUUCCAUUACCAUUCAGUGUUUUUCAUCCGAAAUCUUCACGCCAUGCAGAUUCAGCAACGAACAGCGACGCAUUUUUCUAUUUUCAAUUAUUAAUCAAAUACUUCAGCCAAGUGAAACCUAGUGACCAAGAGAAGCAUCGGUUUAUUUCGUUGUGCAAAGAAAAAUAUCACGAUGAUCAAGGCGAAUUGGACGUGAUUUCGGAGUUCGAAACAAAGUACUCAUCUACUCGAGCAUUUUGGUGGUUCACAAGAGAUUGCUUUCUCCACCAGCUAUUAGAUCAAGCUUUUCAAUCUUUCGAUAUCGAUCUAUUGUACCAUUUUCAUUUCUUUAUUCGGGAUAUGUAUGAUCAGCUAACUGAAACAAAACGUUCAUCGCCAACCCGCACGUAUCGUUCACAGAUACUAUCGAACGACGAAAUUGUGUCCUUGAAAUCGUCAAGCGGAGGAUUUCUUUCUAUUAAUGCAUUUCUCUCGACAGUUCCGGAUCGAAAUCGUGCAUUGACGAUGCUCAACAAUCAUACUGUACCGGACGGAUCCAAACAGGUUCUUUUCGAAAUCACUGCCGAUCCAACAGAACAUGACGCAAAACCAUUUAGUAAUAUCGCCGCUUGGAACUAUGAGCAUGGUACAGAAGUCGUACUCUUCAUGGCCGGAACAAUUUUUCAUCAGAUACGAAUUUCCGAAAGUGAAAGCGACAAUAUUGUUGUCAUUCGUAUGGAACAGUGCCACGAUAGUCAUCGAAAGGUCAAGGUAAUUUUUGAUCGUUAUCAAAGCGAAAGAACAUUACUCUCAUUCGGGCAUGUCCUAUCACGAAUGAAACGAUUCGACGAGGCUCAAAAAUAUUUCGAACAAACUUUACAGGACAUGCCUCAUGAUUAUCAUUCAGUGGCAUGUUGCUACCAAGGACUUGGAGAUAUCGCUCUGAAACAAGAAAAUUACAAUUUAAGUUUGAAAUGGUAUGAGAAAGCACUCGAAACGAACCAGACAGUGUUAAGGUCAGAAGAUCCGGAGAUUGCAUCGAGCUAUAACGAUCUAGCUAAUGUGUAUCUGAAAAAAGGCGAACUUAAUCAAGCAAGUCAGUUCUACGAUCAGGCUCUACAAAUCUGGAUACGAGCGUUAGGAAAAGAACAUUCGAAAGUAGCUGGAUGUUACAAAAAUCUGGCACGUGUGUUUCAAUCAGAAGAACGAUACUCGGAAGCACUAGAAUAUUUCAAAAAAGCACUAAAGAUUCAAGAGAAGCAUCUACCAGGCGAUCCGUUUGAAUUAGCGAAACUGCACAAUCAUAUUGCUGAUGUCUAUGUCUUGCAAAAUGAAAUGAAUGAAGCAUUUCAACAAUAUAAUUCUGCAUAUAACAUUUUAAUCAAGAAUCAUUCGUCAACACAUCCGGAUGUACUGUUAACAUUGAGGAACAUGGGUUUUGUUUACGAAAAACUCGGCAAUCUCAAUGAAGCUCUCGAGUAUUACAAGAAAAUAGCUGCCGCACGUCAACGACUGCAACUUGCAAAUCAUGAUAAUAUUCUUCAAAUCAAUCAAGACAUCCAACGUGUUUCUGCUCUGUUAAAUGUCGAAGUUUCUAAUACUGUUGCGUUUAUUUAA